AAAACUAAGACCUCUCUAGGGGUGUCAUUUUGGUUCACUCUCCACCCCCAUUUCCUCUUUUUCCUUCAUAUCCCAUCUGUGUCGCAGCCGCAGAUCGCCACCCUCCCCAUAAACCCAACGCUUCUCUCCCUCACUCACUGCGGCAGCCACACCCACGCCAAUUUCUCUCUUUCUUUGAUUUCUUUAUUCUCUCUUCAUCUUCACCGUUGCCAUUGCCGAUUCUCAGCACGCCCCUGCACUCAGUUUCUUUCUCCUUCUCUUCUCUCACUCUCUACUGCGAUCUCACGCCGCAAUGCUUCUAUCUCGAGGAGUUUUAUUGCUAGAAUUAGAAUUUGGUAUCUGGUCCAGGAUUAUUCUUGCUGGACUUCAGUAGUGGAGAAGUGCAUUUUAUAGACUAAAAUUGUAUGGAUCUGGCAUGGUUGAGUGCCAUUGUAGUUGGGGCCGGCUGCCUUGUUUUGGGAUACUAUAUUGGUUCAAAAUAUCCUCCUCGGGUCUUUGUCAAAGCUAAAUUAGCCAAAAGCAAUGAAUCAAGCAGAAAUGGGAAGAAGAAGGAUAAGACUAAAGAGCCACUGGAGGUCGAAAAUUUGGCUGACAUUCUCGAUGACUUCAAGAUGGUCUUAGUUGUGAGAAAUGAUUUGAAAAUGGGAAAAGGAAAAAUCGCAGCCCAAUGCAGUCAUGCAACUUUGGGUCUCUAUAAGAAGCUUCAUUAUCGUGCACCAAAAGCCUUGAACAGGUGGGAGAUGUGUGCGCAGCCCAAGGUGGUUCUGAAGAUAGAAAGUGAGGAAGACAUGCUAGUUUUGCAAGAGAGGGCAAAAUCAUUGAAGCUACCAACUCAUAUUACUAUUGAUGCCGGAAGAACUCAGAUUGCACCCAAUUCGAGAACGGUGAUGGCAAUUCUUGGUCCUGUUGAAGUGGUUGAUGAUGUAACUGGUGGGUUGAAACUUUUGUAGUUUCUGAUUCAUUGCCUGUUAUCUCCCAAAUCUCUUGAAGACUUCAGUUCUCAGAAGACUCUACUCUGCAAAAUCCAUCCAUGCUUGGACCAAUUGCACGGUAUGAAACCGAUCUUAAUGCGGAGCUGAGCUAUUGACACUCAAUACUAUUUCCAAUUUCUGAUAAGGAUAAUGUUAACAGCGAUAAUCUAAGUUAACCUAUUUAUUAUGAAAUUUAGUAUGAUUUGAACAGUUGGGAAGUUGGAUUACCUUGUUUGAGUACUAUAUUCGGUUCAAACCUAUUUAAAGUUUUUGAUUCACGAA